AUGGUCCACUGUGCAGGCUGCGAGAGGCCUAUACUGGACAGGUUCCUGCUCAAUGUGCUGGACAGAGCGUGGCACAUCAAAUGUGUGCAGUGCUGCGAGUGCAAAUGCAAUUUAACCGAGAAAUGCUUUUCUCGUGAAGGGAAACUCUAUUGCAAAAAUGACUUCUUUAGGCGCUUUGGGACAAAGUGCGCCGGUUGUGCUCAGGGCAUUUCGCCCAAUGACCUGGUCCGCAGAGCGCGCAGUAAAGUGUUCCACCUCAACUGCUUCACGUGCAUGAUGUGCAACAAACAGCUGUCCACGGGGGAGGAACUCUACAUCAUAGACGAGAACAAAUUCGUGUGCAAAGAAGACUAUUUAAGUAACGCCACCGUGAAAGACAUCAACCUUCUCUCGGUAACAGCCUGCAGUGAUCCGAGUUUAUCGCCUGAUUCCCAAGACCCGCUUCAGGACGAUGUGAAGGACUCGGAAAUCGCCGCCUUGUCGGACAAAGAAGCAGCGAACAACGAGAACGACGACCAGAAUCUGGGUGGGAAGCGACGCGGCCCGCGCACCACCAUCAAAGCCAAACAGCUCGAGACACUGAAGGCUGCGUUCGCGGCCACGCCCAAGCCCACGCGCCACAUCCGGGAACAGCUCGCGCAGGAAACCGGUCUCAACAUGCGCGUCAUACAGGUGUGGUUCCAAAACCGGCGCUCUAAAGAGCGACGCAUGAAGCAGCUGAGCGCACUGGGCGCGCGGAGACACGCGUUUUUCCGAAGUCCACGGAGGAUGCGCACGCUGGUGGACCGACUGGAGCCAGGAGAGCUCAUACCAAACGGUCCUUUCUCCUACUACGGUGAUUAUCAGAGUGAUUACUAUGGACCUGGAGGGAACUAUGACUUUUUUCCUCAAGGGCCACCAUCCUCACAGGCCCAGACCCCAGUGGAUCUCCCAUUUGUCCCAUCAUCAGGACCCACUGGCACCCCUUUAGGGGGCAUGGACCAUCCCAUCCCUGGGCAUCACCCAUCCAGUGAAGUACAACGCUUUUCAGACAUCAUGUCUCAUCAUCCAGGAGAGUCACCCAGCCCAGAACCCGGGAUUCCUGGACCUCUGCACAGUAUGUCAUCCGACGUGUUUGGCCCUAGUCCCUCGUUUACCUCACUCUCCCUCAAUGGAAGCGGAUACAACAACCACCUCUCCCAUCCUCCUUCGGAAAUGAACGAAGGAACAGUGUGGUAG